ACCAGCCAGGCCAAGACCAGCCGGGCCAAAACCAGCAGUGUCAAUAUGUGCAAAGAAAAAGGUUUCUCAGGAAGAAAAGGUGGCCUUUAUGGCUGUCAAUGGGAAAAAGACGCUGCUGUUAUCGGCUUAUAUGGAGCACCGCAAAAAAAGACAGGUUCGUGUCGUUUCCAUUGUGCAGAGGAGCGAGGGUCAAAACUAUCGCUGCCGCAUGUGCUGCAACGAGAAACUGUACUUUUCUAAAGGUGUUGGUGAUAUCCACAGUGACCACUUUGGCUUCUCAUACGGCACAGCGGACAUCAUGUGUGAUCUUCCUGAAGGCUGUGAGACGCCCUCUCAUAUCGCUGUGACCGACGAUGGUCCCAGCUCUGAUUUACAUGAGCCGGUAUAUUUGGAGGUAAAAAACCAGAACAAGAGUGUUGCCUUAUCUUACAACUUCACCGUCUGCAUUUCCACCAUGUAUGACUACAACAACGUCCUGCAGUUGGUCCAGAGUUUGGAAAUGAUGCAGUUACUGGGGGUGGGCAGAGUUGCCAUCUAUAAGCGUGACUGCAGCCCUGAAACACAGCGUGUACUGGACUACUACACAAAAAAAGGUGACAUCCAGUAUUAUGGCCAGAUCCCCGCUCUCACCGACUGUCUAUACAGAUACAUGUACCAGUCCAAAUACGUGUCUCUGCAGGAUAUAGACGAGCUCAUACUGCCCCAGUCUGUCGACAGCUGGUCGGACUUACUGCCACAGCUGGAGAAGAAAUAUGGUGUCGACAAGUGCUACAUGUUUCAAAAUAAUGUGUUCCCCCACACAAUCACAGUGCCUCUUUCAGCCUCCCAAAAGCAACCUAUAGAAAGCCCCGGCUGGGAGUUUGUGCCUGGAGUGAACAUCCUGGCUCACCUCCACCAAAGACCCGUCACAGGAAAGAAUAAAUAUGGCAACUCCAAGGUCAUCGUUAACCCCCGAGCUGUCUUCCAACCUACCGUCCACGGACUGCUGAAGUCAGAGAAAGGCUGCACCUGGGUUGACAGGGAUAUAGCUCGGAUGUACCACACAAGAGCUGGGACACCAGACAUGAAAGCUGACCAGCUGGAUUAUGACGGCAGACUACUGAAGUACAGCGACCGCCUCAUAUCUGCGGUCAAUACUGUUCUCAAUGAGACCGGAUUACUACCAAGUGAAGUCUAGUCAAGU